AUGCCCAGCCCCGGGUCGGACACCCCAAAGAGCAGGGUCGGGGUCCCACUUUUUCCGGGCGCACUCUGCCCACACACGUCUCUUGGAGACGCCCUCGAACUUCACGCUGGGCGGCCCCGGGCUGGCGGGGGGUUAAUCAGUAACCUCCGCCGCCUGCGGAGCGAGGCCGGGGACCCGCGGGAGGCGCUGCCUUCGCCCGCCCGGCGCCGCGGGCUCCCGGGGGAAGCGGCUGCGCUCGAUGCCCAGGCUCGGUGGCCAGCACCCGGGGAGGCCCGUGGGGGGGGGGGGGGGUCUGGGGUCCAGCCGCGCGCACCGACCCCUCCGCGGGCGCCUCCUCACCGUGUCGGCGGCUGCGCUCCGAGGGGCGGGCGGAGGCGCAGGCGGGCGGAGGGGGCGGUGCUGCGGCUCGCGCUCCCCGCUCCCUCCCCCUCUACUCCCCACCUGUCCCCUCGAGCCGAAGCCGGCACUCACCUGACCAAAACCCCCGCGGAGAGACUCCCCCCGCCACGAGCCCGCCCGCCGGGGCGCAGAGACCACGGGAGGAAGCCGGAGCCGCUGCUGCCCCCGGCCGACGCCGCUCCGCUUCUGGCCCAGCUCCGCGCACUGCGCUGGGGGAGCAGUCGGAGGAGUCGGACACUGCGCCUGCGCCGCGGGGACCAGAGCCGGCUAGAGGGACCAAAUUCCCCACCCCGCCCCACUCCGCCCCGCACCUGA